CUUGUUAGGCGUGCUUGUUGACAGUUAGGGAAGUCCAGGUACCUACGCGACAGGUAGACCCGACAGACGCGGGUACCUGAACUUGAAGUGCCUGGUACAGUACGCACCUGUGGCUGCCAGCGGCCAACUCCACAUGCUCCUCCUCCACCAUCAUCGAUGUGGUCGUCUAUCAAAAGAACCGGCGCCGCACCCCAUAUUGCUGUCAUGUCUCAUCUUCCAGUAUCAUGGACACCGGUGACAGCCUCCAUGUCACUGAUCUAUUCGAUUUGUUCAAAUGCACCGGCGAUUCCGAGCACGCACUCUGUUGCUAAAUUGAUCUAGCUACUCCUCGCCCCUUUGUGACCCCGGGCGGCCGCCAAUUCAAAUUCAAAUUCACCGUCGACUUCGAGUUGGCAGUGGCAGCUACCACUACGUUGCCGUCUAACCGCAUCAGACCAACAAAUCUGCCGCAGUCGCCGGCGCUCCCCCGGCCCUGCAUCCAUUAUUGCUACCGCCAUCCAUCCUCCAUCCACCCACCACGCACCCACCCACCCAUCGUCUACCCAUCCAUCGUUGUCCCAUCAAGCGAUCGAUCCCGUCCGAGUCCAUCACCACCCAUCCGAUCAAUUCCUCCCGUCAUCGAACCCUCCGAGUCCUUUGGUUCAUCCCUCCUGCUCUGCCAAGUAGCUCCGUUUCUGUUACUCCCUCACGUCGCCGCAUCCUAGACCAGUCCUCAAUUCCAGUACCGGCUGCGCUAGCCAGUCAGUCCUCCUUGGACCCUGAACGUUCUGCAAACACGAAGACCUUUCGACUAUUUGUCUCGACAUCCUGUUUCUUUCUGGUGUAAAUUUGGGCGCAGUCCACCCUUGCCAUUCGCUUCAUGCUCGAUUGCCCGCCCUGUACACUCUGCGUGACUGAGGGUUUCUGUUUCUGCUUAACCCACUUGAAGCAACACUGCGCCGUUGGAGGCAAUGAAUCCAAGUGGUCUUACCGAGCAAGCCGACCAAGUCUCGACGGACACACGCUCAAUAGCGCAACACACUCCGCAACAGCAAGAACAACCACCGCCGCAUUCACAGGACCUCCUGCCCUCUCCUGCGGUCGAGAUGUCUAGCCUUCCUUCAGACCCUGCCGUUUCUGACUCGUAUGUUCAUCCUUCUUCCGAAUCAUUUGCGACUUCGGAUGCUCGCCGAUCAUCUUUGCCACCAGUCGCCGGACCUGUCAGAAUGGACACCAGCGCCGCGAUUGAUCAGUCGAUAAACCCGCCUCCGCCGCCUCCGUCAAUUCCAGAAACUCAACCAGUGACCAGAACCUUUUCUACCGCCAUUGGACCCUCGUCCGAUUCUCCAGUCGUCGCCCCCAAAGAUAGCGAAACGACAGGUCCCGUACUGACUGUGACUCUACUGUUGACAUCGGGAGCGCGGCAUCCAUUCAGACUAGAUGGAAAAUACUUGACAAAACGCAACGUUGAUGUGGCGAACAACGACCCUUUUAACCUGAGUGUCUACAAACUCAAGGAAUUGAUUUUGCGCGAAUGGCGCGAAGAGUGGGAGGCCAAACCAAGCAGCCCCAAUUAUAUCCGGCUGAUUAGCAUGGGCAAGUUGUUGGAUGACAAGGCAUCGCUGAAAGACUAUAAAUUCGGUGCCGACUCGCCCAACGUUCUCCAUAUGACCAUCAAACCACAGGAUUAUGUCGAGGAAGAAGACGCCAAGGGCGGCAAAGCCAACUACACAAACCCUCAAGAGUCGGAGCGCAGGAGUCCCGGCUGUCGUUGCGCUAUUAUGUGAUAAGGUCCAUCGAUCUGGAUAUAUCUCUCCUCCCGUGGUCAAUUACGAACAUGGUUUCAUCUGAGUGAUUGAAGAUACAACGACAACACCUGGCCACGCAUACGGAGACAGAUCCGCGAUGCAAUUAAGAGAGUUGUAGGAAGCAAAUCUGUCAGCUUGGGACAUUUUUGUUUCUCAGGAGGGAAAGCAUGGACGGAAAGUCGCUUCUCUACAGCUGAAUUCACCCGCAGUUUUCCACGAUUGGGGGGCCAUGGGGCGCGGCAUGGUCGCAUUACUUUCCUUAUAUCGGCGCGGCGUUGGUGGUGAAAAGGUCCAAUAUGAUUUCUUUUGUUCUUCAUUUCUCUUACCUGGCGUUGGACCUUUCUGGAAUGGGGCGUCCAUAUAUGGCUGUAUUCUUUGGAGGGCUUUUACUUUUGAUGUUUGUUGUGGCUGGGUUUUUCCUCAUUUCGAGCUGAGGCAAUGAAGAAAGACAUGGCCAACUUGAAGGGCGAUGUUGUUAUUAUUCCUUGGUUGGCAGCAGUACUAUCAUGACCUUGAUUUAUAAAACUUUACUCUGCCCUUCUUGGCCAAUGUUAACAGGAAAGGAAGGGGAGAAAGAAGACAGAAGAAGGGAAGGAAAGCCGUUCGUGUCAAUGUUUGAGUGACACCCAAAGAUGGGCCGGAGAAGACCAGGACCACAAGACGAUGGCAGGAACUUGAACUUUUUGAAAGGUGGAAUUGGAAUCGGACUGUCAAGCCUAGGUAUAUUUAGAUGCCGGGGUGAUCAGAGAUGAAUUUGAAGAAACUUGAACAACUUUGAAGCAAGAGAUGGCUCUGGUCCGCUCUGUUCUGUUUUCCUUUCUACUGGGCCUAGGGAUAUCCUUAAACAACUCGUAGGUACUACAAUCCAGGAGGCAAGGUAAUGGGUACCUGAUAAAAGCGAGACCAGUAACUGCCAGUAUAAAGUGUCGUUUGAUCCACGUACCUAGGUAGGGAGAAGUUGUUGCAGCACAGG